AUGAAUCCCUGCUAUACAUUAAAACAUUUAAAACAAUUUAGUGGGAAUUUAUUUGCCCAAGAGUUGAACUAUACAACAAUUAUUGAAGAAAUUCAACAAUGUCUAAAUUAUUUCCAAGAAUUUGAAAUUGAAAGAGCAGUAGGUAUUGCGAUUGACAUGGUUGAACACAGCGUGGAAAGUUGUAUCCUAAUACUGAGUAUUUUGAAUCAUGGCUGUAGUUUCUUCUGCAACGAUCUCAAAUCGAAUAACAAUGCUAGUGCACAACUUAAGUCAAGUGGCGUUGAAUAUGUUGUCUCAGAUAAUGUUAACUUUUUUGACGAAAUGUCUAUCAAGUUCAACGGAAGUUUUAAGAUUUUCGAUAAAACAUAUUAUUUGGGAACAAUAAAGACUUCAUCAUCAAUCAAAAUCGGUGGGCAUGAUGAUAUAUGUUAUACAAUUAACACAUCCGGUAGCACGGGAACACCAAAAUUCGUACACGUCCCCUUUACAUGCAUAUACCCGAACAUAAAAUCACUAUGCUCUAUUCUAGAAGUAACAGAACGCGAUAAAAUUUUACUUGGUUCUCCUCCUACAUUUGAUCCAUUUGUAGUUGAGUUUUUUAUGGCACUGGAAACUGCGGCCUCGCUGAUAAUAGUUGAUCGAUCAUUACGCAUAAAUCUAAGUGAGGAACUAUUGCAGAAAGUCACAAUAAUUCAGACAACACCAUCGAUAUUUCGAUCGUUUGGACUGCAUAAUAUUCGUCAAAUUUUAAAUGCUAAAACAUCUGUAAGAUGUUUACUUUUAGGCGGUGAAGAAUUUCCUUCAAUGCAGGAAAUGCAAAUGUGGCUACAAGUCGAAACAUUAAGAAAAUAUUCAGUCCGAAUUUUCAAUAUUUAUGGUAUAACUGAAUAUUCUUGUUGGGCUACUGUUAAUGAAUAUAUUCAUCAUCUGCAUGACAAUGGAAAACAUACCAUUGCCUUGGGAAAACCAUUAGAUGAUGUAACACAACUACAAAUAAAUAAUAUUGACAAUGGGAGUAUUUUGCCAUUUGGAAAGCCUGGUAGAGGUGAGCUGCUUAUUGGUAGUUCUGUACGACGUUGCUAUAUACCACAGUUAGAUAAGGAUAUUAACAGCCUCGAAAAUAAAGAAAUUAUUUUUCGACGCACUGGAGACUUGGUAGAACGUGAUAUUGAUGGCAAUUUGUAUUAUAUUGGCCGAAUAAAUAACUGUAUAAAACGUUUUGGAAAACGCGUAUGUCUAGAACACGGUCAACAAAAUCUACAAAGCCUGCUCAAAGACAACUUGCAUGAUUACGAACAACCGGAUAAAAUAUGUUACAUUAGCGAAAUUCCAUUGAAUAAAAAUGGGAAAUUAGAUCGCCAACAAUUACUGCAAGAUAUUUUAAAUGUUAAACAAACAUCUUCGGAAACACCUUUGACAAUAUUUCAAACAUUCUUGGAUAAUGUAUUAGGUAUUAAAAGUUUAAAUUGCAAUCUCACCAAAAAUAAUGAAACAAACGUUAAGCGCCUUAAACGUUGUUUGGAUUUAAGCUUUACUGCUGCUGGAGGAACUUCAUUUCACGCUUUAAACUUAUCUUUACGUAUAGGAGAGAUAAUGAAACGUUCAGAAUCGCAACGCCAGUUAUUGGAAAUGUUACUUUCUUCUGUAGCAACAAUACAAGACAUUCUUGAUUUUUUAAAGAAUAAUGACACAGCAAUCGUUUCAAUGGAGAAAUCAUUUGCUAUAGGAAAUCAGAGUUCUGCUAAAAAUAAUAUGUUAAAUAUAAAUUUAUUAUGGCGGGCAGAUUUAAAGAAAUGUGUUGAUGCCUCACCAUCUACAAAUCAUGAAAAUGUAGUAUCCGUUGGCUCUCAUUCUCAUCUGGUACAUACCUUAAACACAACAACGGGUGAGGAAAUUUCCCGACUACAAUUAUCUGAUAGAAUUGAAUGUCCUGUUGUGCAUAUCUCCCAGAAUCUGGCAGUAGUGGGUUGCUAUGACGGCACUUUAUAUGGAUUUAAUUAUAGAAACGGUAAAAUAUCUUGGAUAAUUAAUGUAAAUGGUAUGAUAAAAGCCAAACCAAUUGUAAUCAACGAUCUUUUAAUUAUUGCUUCGUAUGCCGAAGAUUACAAUAUACAUGCUUUUAAAUUAAAGACUCUAUCCUCUGUUUGGCAAUUUAAACUUGGAAACAAAGGUAUAUUUUCAUCACCGCUAAUAGUAUCCGAGGACGCGGCUUUGUUUUGCAGUUUAGAUGGUUUCUAUGCUUUAGUAGACAUUUCUAGUGGAACUCCCAAAUGGAUAAAACAAUUGGAGUCACCUAUAUUUUCAUCUCCUGCUCGUCUGGAGACUACAAACAACGAACUAAUAUUAGCCGAGGUUAAGGGAAAGGUUGUGGUCUGUAACAGAGACAAUGGUAAUGAGAUUUCAACCUUUCGAGCAGAUGGUAAUAUUUUUUCAAGCCUAACCCUACACCGAGAUAAUAAAAAUCAACACUGGCAAAUAUUUUUUGGCUGUCAUGACAAACACCUUUACUGCUUAAAUUACGAUCCUACCAAAAUGCAGUUAUCUUUGUUAUGGAAAUUUACCCUUAAUUCGGCGAUAUAUUCCACACCAAUUGUUGCAUUUAACGAUACAAUAGUUGCAUGUUCAACUAAGGGUUCGAUGGUGCUGAUAGAUAUACAUACAUCUCAGCUAAAAGGAAGCUAUGACAUUAAAGGAGAAGUAUUUUCCACACCAUGCAUAUGUGAUAACAAGUGUAUUUACAUCGGUUGUCGAGAUAAUUUUCUUUACGCACUUGAAGUACAAUAA